GGCAGGCAGAUUCUUAACCACUGCAUCACCAGGGAAGUCCCUGAGGUGAUUGAUUUGAACUAGAAAAAUGAGAUCAAAACCCAUUCAAUUGUACAUCCAUUUUUUAUUAAUAACCUGUUUGUAGAGAAAAUCAUGUAGAAUUUUAAAAGCAUAUACAAGUAACACCAAUGUUUAUUAUCAAAUUAUUCAUAUUUAAUAAUAUCUUGAUAUUAUCCUGAUAAUUUAGUAAGACAAUAAUCUUAAUCUGGUGUUUUUGCUCAACAGAAAGACUAUAUUUCUUCAAUAUUCUCUCUGUUUCCUAAGGAUUCAAAUGGGCCUUGUAUCCCCAGGAAACUCCUCUGACUAUUGUAUAAUUUGAUGAAUUGUUGAGAACUCUAUAAACGCAGCAGUAAUUUGUCUCUGCAGUUUGGACUUGAUUUAACUUUAUUCUUUUUCUUAUAGGCAUUCUGAAAUAUUUAUGAUGGAAUACAUUGGUAAUCUGAUAUAGGAGUUCUGUAAAAAACAAGAAGAACUAAUUACUAGCAGAUUUACAACCACUAGCACAUUCUUCCACAUUGUUUCUACUUAUAAAAGAAGUGAAAUAAUGGAUGAAAUAAUAAUUCAAACUUAAUUAUUUUAAAAAAUUCUAUUGUUUUCUCCCUCAAUUCUUGCAUAUUUCAUAAUUGAUCAUUAACCUGGUCAUGUUAGUUCUUCUGUACAAAUCUGAACACCUGCUUUGGUUUUAGAGGAAUUAAUCGAGCAGUGUUCAAGAUAAGUAGAGUUGGCCUUGACUGAUCAGGUGCUCCAUGUACUAGUGUUUCCCAGCAGGCACAUUUUAGCUGUAACAUUACAGUGAGUAAUCAGAAGCCAAUUUCGGGUAAGUACCUUGAAGUUAAAUAGUGUUUGAAUGAAGUAUGUAUGCAACAACAUUGACCAUGAGUGUUUAAUAGAGUAAGGGAAUGGCAUUUCAAUUCACUCUGGUGCAGGUAUUAUUUAAACGUAUCAAAUUAACACAUUACUUUUAUUUUCCUUAAAAGAUUAAAUUUUCACUACAAAUUUGAAGGCCAAAUUCUUAUAAGACUAUUCAUCAGGUCGCUUAGUUCACCAGUGCUUUGUGUUUUCUGAUGAGACACAAUCCCAAACCCAAUGAGAGAGGUCAAAAUGGAUAAGAUCUUGUUGUGGAGUCUCCUGUUGACUUUUUCUGGAAGUCAAGCCUCAAGCCCCUUGGCUCAAAGAAAUACCGAAUUUGCAGUGGAUCUUUAUCAAGCUGUUUGUUUAUCUCAUAAGAACAACAUCAUAAUUUCCCCUUUUGGAACAACUCUGGCCCUUGGAAUGGUACAACUGGGAGCAAAAGGAAUAACACAACAGCAGAUAAGACAAAGUUUAAAAUUUCAAGAAACCUCAACUGGAGAAGAAUUUUCUGUGCUGAAGUCAUUUUUCUCUGCCAUCUCAGAGAAAAAACAAGAAUUUACAUUUAAUCUUGCCAAUGCCCUCUACCUUCAAGAAGGAUUCACUGUGAAAGAACAGUAUCUCCAUGACAACAAGGAAUUUUUUCAGAGUGCCAUAAAACUGGUGGAUUUUCAGAAUGCAAAAGCUUGUGCAGAGACAAUAAGUACCUGGGUAGAAAGCAAAACAGAUGGAAAAAUUAAAGACAUAUUUUCAGGGGAGGAAUUUGGCCCUCUGACUCGACUUGUUUUGGUGAACGCUAUUUAUUUCAAGGGGGAUUGGAAACAGAAAUUUAGAAAAGAAGACACAAGGCUGAUGAAUUUCACUCAGAAAUAUGGUGCAGCAGUCAAAAUUCCGAUGAUGAAGACUCUUCUGAGAACAAAAUAUGGUUAUUUUUCUGAGUCCUCCAUGAACUACCAGGUUUUAGAAUUACCUUACAAAGGUGAUGAGUUUAGUUUAAUUAUCAUACUUCCUGCAGAAGAUGUGAACAUAGAAGAAAUGGAAAAGCUAAUUACUGCUCAUCAAAUCCUGCAGUGGUUCUCUGAGAUGCAAGAAGAGGAAGUGGAAAUAAGCCUCCCUAGAUUUAAAGUAGAGCAAAAAUUAGACUUCAAAGAAGCUUUGUAUUCAUUGAAUAUAACUGAGAUAUUUAGUGCUGGCUGUGACCUUUCUGGAAUAACAGAUUCCUCUGAGGUGUAUGUUUCCCAAGUCAUGCAACAAGUUUUCUUUGAGAUAAACGAAGAUGGCAGUGAAGCUGCAACAUCAACCGGCAUACACGUCCCUGCGAUCAUGAGUCUGCCUCGAAACCAGUUUAUAGCAAACCAUCCGUUUCUGUUUAUUAUGAAGAAUAACCCAACAGAUUCAAUUUUGUUUAUGGGAAGGGUGACAAAUCCUGACACCCAGAAGAUGAAGGCAAGAGAUUUGGAUUCACUGUGAAUGAAAAUCACAGCCUCAGAAUAUGGAAAAUCGUUGAUUGUCAAAACCUCAUCAAAUAUUUUCUAUAUAUCUUUUUCUGUUUUAAACUGUGCCUUUAUUAAUCUGUAUUCAUAAAUAAAUGAAAUUAUGCAUUAAA